AUGAGACUUCCGAAUUCUUCGUGUUUACUUUGUAGACAUCUUAUAUUCUUUAGACCUCUACAACUAAGGAGAGUUCCCGUCAUUGCCUCCCAACCCGCAUCGUCGCUUUCUGCUAUUCACCAUGGCCUUCGACAAUCUCAGAAAUCCAGGCCACAAGGCUUUAAUCAAUCGUCUUCAAAUACCCUAAGGCCCGAUCGCUCCUUACAAAACUCGGACCGAAGACGUGGUUCAGAUCGCCCGCCGCCGCCGCCGUUCAAGAUCAGGAAAGGAAAGAAAGACAUUACCUACAGAGGCCCUGAGCCACAGUCUAGGCGCUCACGCUUCAAUGACCCCACGAAGAGCUUCGGCAAACGAAGUUUGGUGUAUCAGAUGAGACAUGGGCAUCUAAAGCACAAGGUGGCCGAAUUGGAAGGCCGCGCAUCCGGAAAUGAAAGAUCCUCCUCAUCCUUCAAAUCAUCACGGGCGCCUUCCGAUCGCAUGACCUCAGAAGACUUCAUGGAACAUUUCGUGUCAAGCACAGGCCGACAGCCGGAUUUGGCUAAACAUGGAAGAGGCGGACGCGCCCCUCCAGCACGCGCUCCACAGCCUAUAGAACGACCCGCAUACACGAAGAUCACGCGAGACACAAGGGACAUUGACCGUGAGCGCCUAAAGCGCACUAAUACAGCAGCUUCAAGCACCCAGCGGGGAAGGUUUACCGGCGCAACUUCAUUUGGGGAUCGUCCUGAGCCGUUUUCAAAUAGGACCGAACGUCCGAAUGCGAUUCGGAACGAAGAUGAUCGAGAUGCUCAAGGGGAGCAGCAUGUGAGUCGGAAAACAGACGAUGGACCUAUUCGGAUUCACCAUACUACUGCCGCCUCACAAUUUCUGUACGGGCGCUCGGUGGUGGAGGCGGCGUUGAAAGAUUCGCGAAGGCAGCUGUACAGGCUGUACAUUUACAACGGCGAUGAUAGACAGAAUACCUCUCAAGAUGACGUGCUUGCGAAACUAGCACGACAGAAAGGAAUUGAUGUCACGAAAGUGCCAAACAGUGGCUUGCGCAUGAUGGACAAGAUGAGUGCUGGUAGACCACACAAUGGAUGCAUUCUUGAGGCGUCACCAUUGCCCCAGUUACCACUUAAAGCACUAGGACCAUUAUCUGAGGAUCCCCAAAAACCUGGAUUCUACGUUACAGUGGCUCAUCAAUUGAGUGAAGAUGCGAAGAUCAAUGGGACAUCUGAUUUUGUCACCUAUCAUUUACCUAAAGAACGAAAGCCGUUCGUCCUCUUGCUAGAUGGUAUUCUCGACCCAGCGAAUCUAGGAGCUAUCAUUCGAACCGCAGCAUUUCUAGGUGUCAACGGAAUCGCCAUUACAAAGGGUAGCUCAGCCACGCUUACAGCUGUAGCAGUCAAGGCAUCAGCGGGUGCAUCUGAAACUAUGACAUUAUUCUCCAUCAGUUCAACAAUGGAUUUCCUUACGCGUUCAAAGGAGAACGGGUGGUUGGUAUACGCAGCUGUUCCAGCGAUGAAACGGUCGAGAAGAAAUACGCACUUAACGGUGGACCGCGUUGAGACUUAUGACCCUUUGUCGACGCAACCAACGGUAUUGGUCAUUGGCAGCGAAGGAGAAGGACUCAAAAGACAAGUCCGACGAGAGGCGGAUCAUGAAGUAUCUAUUCCCAGCGCACUAGGAGGAGUAUCCGCUGUUGUCGACAGUCUCAACGUAAGCGUAGCCACUGGCAUCCUGUGCUCUGCUUUCCUCAAGAAACAGUCAUCGGGUAUGAUUGAAAUCGAGGAUCCAUCGGAGUCCUCGGUCGAGAACAACUUAGAACUUUGGUAA